AUGAGUAUAUACGAUAGCGUUGUUUCUCAUUUGAACAAUACAAUUGACAAGAAAGAUGCCCAUCAGGCUGAGAUUGUUCAAAAGGGCAAACGUCCAUUGAAGAUGCCAAAGAACUACGAUUUCUCUGUAAGAAACGUAGACUGGAGACAAUACAAGAAAGACUUCAUUUUGAGAACAGAUGCAGUUUGGGAGAAAUCCAAGCUUCUAGAUGUGUUCUACUCUCAUUACAAAUCCCAGUUUGUCUACGAUAAACUUAUGAAUAAAUACAUGAUCGCUAAUAUCAGACAAAUGCCACUUCCAACCAAUGAACCAGAGCACUUCGAAGACUGGAGACCUUUCAUGGGAUUCUCAGAUGUUGAUGGAUGCGUUUGGUAAUUCAAAGUUGGUCCAGCUAUCCAAAAGCCAGCUACUUUCUCUAAGUUCUUGGCUGAUAAGGAAGGAGAUGCCUGGUACUUGUGCUUCUUAAAUUUCCAAAAGUUCAUGAUGUGCAAUGAAAAAUCACCAGUCAAGAUUGAUGAGGCCAACCUCUACAACAAGGGAUUCUGGGAGUAUCCAUGCUACGAUGAAGUCCUUCAUCUUCUUGAUAUUUGCGGAGCAGAUCUCUUCGAGCCAAUGUUUGAGACAUACAAAGUCAGACUCAUGACAGGAACCUUAAAGCCUCAAAACUAUUCAAGACUCCACACCCAAAUCGAGCCAUACGGAUCUGUCUCAGACAGAAAGGUCCUCUACUAUUGA